CUAGUUAUAUAAUUUUUUCCAUUAAAAUUUAUUUUCUCCUUUCUUUUUUUUCUUCUUUACACUUUUUAUUCUUUUAGAGGAAUAAUAAUGCUUUCUCAAGGCCUUUCUCACGUUAUUUUUAACGCAUUAAGUAGUGAAGAUUUCGAACGUACCCUCAAGUUCUAUGAAGCUGUUGGCUUCAAGACUGUUACAGAUAAAUGUCAGGAGAAUCAUGCCGAAGAAAGAACUGCUUGGUUGAAGUUGGUAUCUGGAGAUAAUAAUGCCACUAAUGCUACUAUUAAGCUCGUCUUGAAUGCUUCUGCUAUUACACAACGUAAGCCUGCUACUGAUGUUGAUUGGGCUUUAGAAGAAGCUGCUAUUGUUUUUGCUGUCAAAGAUAUCAAUGCUGUUAAGUCCAAGUUGAAUGAAUUAAAUGUUACAGUUCAAGAUCAUACCAAUGGUGAAGUUAGUAAACUUUACACCUUAGACCCUCUCAACAAUGUCAUUGUUUUCUCUAACCAACCUAUCGCUGACAAGGCUACUAGUGCUGCCGCCGCUGUUGAAACUGCUACUGCCAACGGUAAGCGUCAAAAGAUCGCUGUUCUUACCUCUGGUGGUGAUGCUCCUGGUAUGAACGCUGUUGUCCGUGCUACUGUUCGUUAUGGUAUUGCUAAGGGUUGUGAUGUCUUUGCUGUCUAUGAAGGUUACCAAGGUCUUAUUGAUGGUGGUGACCUCUUGAGAAAGAUGAGCUGGAAAGAUGUUCGUGGCUGGUUAGCUGUCGGUGGUACUACUAUUGGUACAGCUCGUUGUAUGCCUUUCAGAACUCGUGAAGGUCGUCUUCAAGCUGCUGAGAACCUUGUCAAGAACGGUAUUAAUGCUUUGAUUGUUUGUGGUGGUGAUGGUUCUUUAACUGGUGCCGAUCUUUUCCGUGCUGACUGGCCUGGAUUAGUUGAUGAACUCAAGAACACCAACCGUAUUACCCAAGAAGAGGCUGAUGCUUACCAUACUUUGACCAUUGUUGGUCUUGUUGGUUCUAUCGAUAACGAUAUGUCUUCUACUGAUAUCACUAUCGGUGCUGUCACUUCUCUUCACCGUAUUUGUGAAGCUGUUGAUGCUGUUUCCACCACUGCUUUGUCUCACUCUCGUGCUUUCGUCAUUGAAGUUAUGGGUCGUCACUGUGGUUGGUUGGCUCUUCAAGCUGGUAUUGCCACUGGUGCUGACUUUGUCUUCAUCCCUGAAAAGCCUCCUCAAGAAGAUGAUUGGGAAUCCAUGAUGUGUUCUGUUGUUGAGAGACAUCGUCAAUUGGGUAAGAGAAAGACUGUUGUUAUUGUUGCUGAAGGUGCUAUUGAUAAGAACUUGAACCCCAUCAAGGCUGAUCACCUUAAGGAUAUCUUGACCAACCGUCUUGGUCUUGAUACUCGUGUUACUAUCUUGGGUCACACUCAACGUGGUGGUUCACCUGCUUUCUAUGAUCGUCUCUUGGCUACUACUCAAGCCAUUGAAGCUGUUGAUGCCGUUCUUGAAUCCACUCCUGAAACUCCUUCUCCUAUGAUCGGUAUCUCUGAUAACAAGAUCAUUCGUUAUCCCCUUAUGAAGGCUGUCAAGCUUACUCAUGAAGUCGCUGAAGCUAUUGGUCAAAAGAACUUUGCUCGUGCUAUGGAGCUUCGUGAUCCUCAAUUCGCUGAAGAAUAUGAAGCCUAUACAGCUACCACUAUCUUGGAUGAUAACUCUAUUGUCUUACCCGAACACGAACGUCUUCGUAUUGCCAUCGUUCACGUUGGUGCCCCCGCUGGUGGUAUGAACGCUGCUACUCGUACUGCUGUUCGUUACUGUCUUAACCGUGGUCAUACUCCCAUUGCUGUCUACAAUGGUUUCGCUGGUCUUGCCCGUGGUUCCACUCACGAAAUGAACUGGAUGUCUGUUGAUGGUUGGACUGCUCUUGGUGGUUCUGAAUUGGGUACUAACCGUGCUGUCCCUGGUGUUGAUAUUGAUAUGGGUAUGAUUGCUUAUCAAAUGCAAAAGCAAAAUAUCCAAGGUCUCUUGGUUAUUGGUGGUUUCGAAGCCUAUGUUGCUAUUGAUAAACUUGAAGAAGCUCGUAAGCAAUAUCCUUCUCUCCGUAUCCCCGUUACCUUGAUCCCUGCUACUAUCUCUAACAACGUUCCUGGUACAGACUACUCUCUUGGUUCUGAUACCUCUCUUAACGCUAUUGUUACCUCUUGUGAUGCUAUUGUCCAAUCUGCUCAAUCUUCCCGUCGUCGUGUCUUCGUUGUUGAAGUCAUGGGUGGUCGUUCCGGUUAUUUGGCUGUUGAAGCUGGUCUUGCUGUUGGUGCCAUGACUGUCUACAUUCCUGAAGAAGGUAUUAACCUCUCUCGUCUUCAAGCUGAUGUUAAGCACUUGAGAGAUAUGUACAGCCACGAUGAUCCUGACAAGAGUGAAGGUAGAAUUAUUUUGCGUACUGAAGAUGUCUCCAAGACUUACACUACCGAUGUCAUCUCUAAUAUUCUUAAGCAAGAAGGAGAUGAGAUGUUCGAUUCUCGCACUGCUGUCUUGGGUCAUAUUCAACAAGGUGUUACUCCUUCUCCUCUUGACCGUAUUCGUGCCACUCGUCUUGCCAUGCGUGCUAUCCAAUUCAUUGAACAACACACUACUGAAGCUCUUUGUCAAGCCAAGGAAACUGGUGCUCCUGCUCCUAUUGAACUCACUAACGUAAAGGAAUCUGUUACCGUUGCUGGUAUCUCAGGUCACUCUGUUGUCUUUGAACCUGUCUCUACUCUCAUGACCGUUACUGAUAUGAAGAAUCGUAAGCCUCGUAACGCCUGGUGGUUCGGUCACAGAGAGGUUAUUGACCUUUUGGCUGGUCGUGGUCACUUUGACUAAAUUUAAUUUCCUCUCUUUUCCUUUUUUUUUUUUUCCAACUUCAUUUUAUUCAUUUAAUCUCAUAGACAUUGCGUUUAUUUUUAACUUUUAC